AUGGCCGCGGUGGUCGAGAAGCUUACGGCGGACAACAUGGCGGAGUUCCUGCCUGCGUCGGGGGCAUACUCGUCCAUUGAGCUGGUGAUCGGUAGAAUAUUGAGAUCACUGUGCGAGCUUUCGUAUGAGAUGAGAGUCAGCGAGGCUGGCGAGCUAACGACGUACCACAAGAAGCUAUUAAUGGGGAUACGGAGUGCUCACGUGUGA